CUUAGUUCUUACCCCUCUCCUCUUCGGUCCACAGCAAGUCAUGAAGCUGAAUUAUCAAUCAGACCUGUCAGGCGUGGAGAGCCAUUUGGGUAUCAUGAAAAAUGAACUUACGAUGUUUUAUCUUGCGUCUGCUGAGAUUCAAGUGCCUCCUUCUUUCACUGGCCAUCGUAUGUCUUUUCAAGUUUCUUGUCGUCCACAAAAAAUACUCUGCUAAAGGUGGCUUACUCAUAGAACCAUAUGGAAAUGCAGAAAAUAACUCCAGAAUCCAGCUAAAGAAAUAUGACAUUGAUUGUUCUGCAAUCUAUAAACUGGACCCGAUGGAAGUUGGAAAGUCCUUAGAAAUCAGGCAUAAAAACAUUAUCGAUUUGGAAGAUGACGAUAUUGUCAAUUUGACUUCAGACUGUCAGAGUUACAAAGAGUUGAGAGGACACAUGCAUAAACCAUUAUCAGACGAGGAGAAGGAAUUUCCAUUGGCUUACUCUUUAGUUCUGCAUAAACGUGCUUCCAUGGUAGAAAGGAUGUUGUCGGCCAUCUACAUGCCUCAUAAUAUUUACUGCCUUCACUAUGACCAAAAAUCUUCAAAGACAUUUAUUGCUGCUAUGGAGAACAUAGCCAGGUGCUUCCCCAAUGUUUUUAUCGCCUCCAGAUUGGAAUCAGUAGAAUAUGCCCACAUAACAAGGCUUAAAGCUGACCUCAACUGUCUGUCUGACCUUCUUGGGUCUGUAGUCCCAUGGAGAUAUGUCAUCAACCUGUGCGGCCAAGACUUCCCUCUCAGGUCCAACUUUGAGCUAGUGGCAGAGCUGAAGAAACUGCAGGGUGCCAACAUGCUCGAGUCGACCCGUCCCAGUAAACAGAAGAGACAGCGCUUUGAAUUCCAGCACGUUCUGCAGGACAUCGAAUUUGAUUACAAAAGAAUUCCUGUUAAGACGGCACAGACCAAAGCGCCUCCACCGCACAGCAUCAAGGUCUUCGUGGGAAGUGCCUACUUCAUCCUGUCACACGAGUUUGUGAAUUACAUCUACGACAGUCAGCUGAUGCAUGACUUCUUGUCCUGGUCUGCAGAUACCUACUCACCAGACGAACACUUCUGGGCCACGCUGGUGCGAGUGCCAGGGGUACCUGGUGAAAUCCCAAGGUCCGAGCCCGAUGUCACGGAUCUGAUGAGUAAAACGCGCCUAGUAAAGUGGGUAUACUUGGAGGGGUCACUGUACCCCCCCUGCACUGGCAGUCACAUGCGUGCUGUGUGCAUCUAUGGGGCUGCAGAGUUCCGCUGGCUCCUUACUUAUGGGCACUGGUUUGCCAAUAAGUUUGAUUCUAAAGUUGAUCCUGUUAUUGUUCAGUGCUUGGAAGAAAAACUUGAGGAAGCUCAACGACACUGGGUCAAUUUGGCGUCAGAAAAAACAUUUUGGAGGUAUAUCUGAAGUCUGUAUACAGUAGUUGUACUGGAAAUAAAUACAAAUUUUUUUAAUUUUCCAUGUUUUCAGAACGGGAGAAUUACUUUUGGUUAGUCUAUUUUUUUUCAGUCUAUUUAAAAAAAAUACAACAUCACAUUCACCCCUGCAAAAUCACAAGGGAUAACACAUGAGUGUGGCUGGUUGCCAAGACAAACAUGCACGGUGUAUCCAAGCCAAGACUUUUAAUAUUAAAGAUAUAGUAUGUACUAUAAAUAUUAAUAUUUAGGCCUAUAUAUGGUUUUAUGUGAUCCAAAUAAUUUUCAGUAUUGUUUUUGCCUUGCGCGUCAUCUGUGAGUUUGUGCAAUCUUUCAGCAAGCUCCAAAAACAUUUCCAUUUAUUUUUUCAUGGCUAACUUAUAAAUAAAACCAUGAAUUUGCAAAUA